AUGAAGUUCAGUGCCAAGCUAAAACUACUGCUGUGGAAGAACUGGACACUCCGGAAACGUCAAAAGCUUCGCUUUUUUGUGGAACUUUUCUGGCCUUUGUCACUAAUCCUUGUCCUGGUGUGGCUAAGAAAUGCAAAUCCACUCUAUGGCCAACAUGAAUGCCAUUUUCCAAACAAGGCGAUGCCCUCGGCAGGGAUGUUGCCAUGGUUACAAGGAAUUUUCUGCAAUACCAAUAACCCUUGUUUUCGAAGCCCUACACGUGGAGAGUUGCCUGGCAUGGUUUCAAACUACAACAAUUCCAUACUUGCCAGAGCUUAUAAAGAUGCUCAAGAUGUCCUUUUAGAGAAGCCAGAAAUCCAGCACCUUGGAAGGAUGUGGAAGGAACUGUAUACAAUGUCUAAUUUAAUGGAUACCCUUCGGACCAACCCUGGAAAAGUUUCAGGGCGUGGUAUAAGAAUCAGAGAAAUCUUAAAGGAUGAUGAAGUUCUGACAUUGUUUUUGCUGAAAGAUAUUGGGCUGUCGGACUCUGUAGUGUACCAGCUCAUUAACUCACAAAUUCGGAUUGAACAGUUUGCCUCCGGAAUACCCGACCUGGCCCUGAAAGACAUAGCUUGCAGCCAGACCCUCUUGGAACGGUUUAUUAUCUUCACCAGCCGCAGAGGAAUGCACACAGUUCGCAACGCCAUGUGUGUCUUGUCUCAGCAGAGGUUACAGAGGAUUGAAGAUGUCCUCUAUGCCAGCAUUGACUUUUUCAAACUAUUUGAGAUUAUGCCAACUGUUAUAGACAGCAAUUCCCGUGGAAUAGACCUUAAGUUCUGGGGAAAAGUUGCGUCUAAUAUCUCUGAAUCGCUAAGAGUGUUAUCACAAAAGCAAAGUAUCCAGGAUCUACUAUGGGUUCUACAUCCUAUUCUUCAAGAGGGAGGACCAUCAACCUUUAGUCAACUCAUGAGUUCUCUAUCGGACUUGUUUUGUGGUUAUCCAGAGGGAGGUGGUGCAAGAGUAUUCUCUUUCAACUGGUAUGAGGACAAUAAUUACAAAGCUUUUCUUGGAGUAAAUUCAACAAAGAAGGAAAACUAUUAUUUAUAUGACAAGACAACAACCCCGUUUUGCAAUGCACUGAUGCAGACCAUGGAGUCUAACCCUGCAACUAAAAUAGCCUGGAGUGCAAUGAAACCUUUGCUGAUGGGAAAAAUACUCUACACUCCGGAUGCUCCGGCUAUUCGUGAAAUCCUGAAGCAUGCAAACUCAACUUUUGAGCAGUUAGAGCGGCUCAGACAAAUGGGAAAGGUCUGGGAAGAAUUAGGACCCCAAUUGUGGAACUUAUUCCAAAACAGUGUUCAGAUGAAUGUCCUUCGGGAUACCAUUAAUAACCCAACAGUGAGAGAUUUCCUCAACAGACAGCUUGGAGAUGAUGGAAUACGUGCUGAUGAUGUCAUCAAUUUUCUGUACAAUGGGCAUCCUGACUCAAGACCAGAAGGGCAAUCAAACUUUGACUGGAGAAAUGUUUUUAAUUUUACUGAUCAGGUGUUGCGUCUUUUUAACAAGUAUAUGGAGUGCCUAACCUUGGAUAAAUUCGAAGGUCAUGAUGAUGAAUCUCAUUUGACACACCAUGCACUUUACCUACUGGAGGAGAAUAAAUUCUGGGCCGGUCUUGUGUUCACGGACAUGUACCCAUGGACCAAUCAAAUUCCACCUCAUGUGAAGUACAAAAUCCGCAUGGAUAUCGAUGUUGUGGAGAAGACUAACAAAAUUAAAGAUAGAUAUUGGGAUCCAGGUCCAAGAGCUGACCCAGUGGAAGACUUUCGUUAUAUCUGGGGAGGUUUUGCUUAUCUCCAAGACAUGAUUGAUCAUGGAAUUAUUAAGUCCCAGACAAACAAUGAAUUGCCAACAGGUCUCUAUGUGCAGCAAAUGCCAUACCCUUGCUUUGUGGAUGAUGUUUUUAUGAUAACACUGAAUCGAUGCUUCCCAAUUUUCAUGGUGUUGUCUUGGAUAUACUCCAUCUCCAUGUUGGUGAAGGACAUUGUUCUAGAGAAGGAACUGCGUCUGAAAGAGACUAUGAAAAAUUUGGGUGUCACUAAUGAUGUCAUUUGGCUCACGUGGUUCAUUGAAAGUUUUAGCAUCAUGACUCUGAGUACCUUACUUCUCACCAUCAUUAUUGUGGGUGGCGGAGUCCUUCACUACAGCAAUCCUUUAAUCCUGUUCUUCUUUCUGAUGGCUUUCACGCUCUCCACCAUCAUGCAAGGUUUCCUCAUGAGUGUCUUCUUCUCUAAAGCCAACCUGGCAGCGGCCUGCAGCGGGGUCAUCUAUUUCACACUCUACUUGCCACACAUCCUGUGCUUUGCUUGGCAGGACCGCAUGACUUUUAAAUUGAAAAUAAUGGCAAGCCUUUUGUCCCCAGUGGCUUUUGGAUUUGGAACAGAAUAUUUAUCUAGAUAUGAAGAACAAGGCCUUGGCCUCCAGUUUGGAAACAUCCGGAAAAGCCCAGUGGAGGGUGAUGAAUACAGCUUCCUGUUCUCCAUAGUCAUGAUGCUUUUUGAUGCCCUUGUGUACUGGACUCUAGCGUGGUACAUUGACUAUGUCUUUCCAGGGGAAUAUGGCAUCCCAAAACCAUGGUACUUUCCAUUCUUGGCAAACUAUUGGUGUACCUUUCAGAAUUAUUGGGAAGGUGAUGGUGAUUCAGUAGAAACAGAAUUUUCUGUCCAUGAACAUGUGGAAGAUGGUCCAGAGGAUAGAACUGAUGAAAAUAAAGACGACCAGAAUAAACCACGAGAAAAAGUUGUAGAUCCAAAAGAUGUCCCUGACAAUAAACUCACAGACAAGGAUGCCUGCAAACAUAAUGCUAAGAAAGAAAAAGAGAAAGAGGAGAAGCAGGCGAAAGAUGAACAGGAGAAGGAGAGAAAUGACAAAGAUGAAACAUAUGACAGCAAAGAAAACUCACAGGCAAAUCCAUUCUUUGAACCAGAACUACCAGGUAUGACGCCCGGUGUGUGUGUUCAAAAUCUUGUCAAAGUCUAUGCAAACAACUACAAGCCUGCAGUGGACCUGGUCAAUAUCACAUUUUAUGAAGGGCAGAUUACUGCAUUUUUAGGGCACAAUGGAGCUGGAAAAACAACAAUAUUGUCGAUUAUAACUGGAUUAUUCCCACCUACCUCGGGCACAGUGUGGAUUCGUGGCAGAGACAUCCAGACACACAUGGACUCCAUUAGGCAAAGUCUUGGCAUGUGCCCUCAACAUAACAUUCUUUUUCGACAUCUAACUGUGGAAGAACAUAUCCUAUUUUAUGCCCAGCUAAAAGGCAGAUCUAGGAUACAAGCUGAGAGAGAAUUGGAAAUUAUGCUGGAUGACAUUGGAAUUCCUCAAAAAAGGCAUGAGGAAUCUCAAAACCUAUCAGGAGGAAUGCAAAGAAAACUCUCUGUUGCAAUGGCAUUUGUUGGAGAAUCCAAAGUUGUGGUGUUGGAUGAACCAACUUCAGGUGUAGAUCCAUAUUCCAGAAGGUCUAUUUGGGACCUGCUUUUAAAAUAUCGAUCAGGCAAAACUAUUAUUCUCUCUACCCAUCACAUGGAUGAGGCAGACCUCCUAGGUGAUAGAAUUGCAAUUAUAUCUCAAGGAAAGCUCUAUUGCAGUGGCUCACCAUUGUUCCUAAAGAACUGCUUUGGAACAGGCUUCUACCUCACUCUGGUCCGAAGAAUGAGAAAUGUGAAAGAAUCAGGAAAGAAAGACUCUGCUUCGUGCCGCUCAGAUUGCUCGUGCUCUUGUCCCAGCUGUGCACCCAAAGCCAAAGAGAAUCCACUGGAACAAGAGUUAGAUGGUGAUAUAGCUGGAUUGACUGAGCUUAUCCAUCACCAUGUUCCUGAGGCCAAACUUAUAGAAAGUAUUGGACAAGAACUAAUUUUUCUGCUCCCCAGUAAAGAUUUCAACUACAGAGCCUAUGCCAGCCUCUUCCGAGAGCUGGAGGAAACCAUCGGGGAGUUGGGGCUUAGCAGCUUUGGAAUUUCUGACACGCCACUUGAAGAGAUCUUCUUAAAGGUUACAGCUGAUUCAGUGACAGGAACUGAAACUCCAGAGGAAUGGAUGUUACAACAGCGGAAGUCCAGAACCAGUCUAGCAGCGGAUCCAAAGUCAACAGUUGUCAAUAUUGAGAAUAAAGGUGACUCAGGCAGAAUAAUGAUGGACUCUCACAGCAAGACACUUGAGAGAAAUCCCUGCAAUAAAGAAUCUGCUGAAGGUGAAACACAUGGUAAAGGAUCCCAUCAGAUCAAAGGCUCAGAUCUUAUGUUCCAACAGUUUAAAGCACUAAUAGUUAAGCGCUUCCAGCAUGCUACACGCAGUCGCAAAGAUUUCUUCGCUCAGAUUGUGCUUCCUGCCAGCUUUGUGUUGCUGGCUCUAGUGCUUACUCUGAUUGUACCUCCCUUUGGAGAAUACCCCAGCUUAACCCUUCACCCAUGGAUCUACGGACAACAGUUUAUUUUCUUCAGCAAUGAGCGACCAGGCAGUGAGCAAGUGGUACCUAUUACAGAUGCCUUCCUGAACAGUCCGGGGCUUGGAACUCGCUGCAUGAAAGAACUGCCACUGACUAAAAAAUUUCCUUGUAAAAACAUCUCUAGCGAAUGGAUCAUCCCGACUGUGUCAGCAAGUGUAACCAACAUUCUGUUGUCUCACGAGUGGACUCCAGAUAAUCCAUCCCCUUCCUGUACUUGUAGUACAAAGAAUAAGCUGAUAAUGCUGCCAGAAUGUCCUGAGGGUGCUGGAGGGCGCCCCCCACCGCAGAGAAUCCAGCCCAGCUCAGAGAUUCUCCAGGACCUCACAGAGCGAAAUAUUACAGAUUUUCUCCUCAAAACAUACCCCACUCUGAUAAGAAGCAGCUUGAAGAGCAAGUACUGGGUGAAUGAACAAAGAUAUGGAGGUUUUUCUGUUGGCGGAAAGCUUCCUGUUCUUGACAUACAAGGAGAAAAUAUAGACGAGUUCUUCCGCCAUCUGGGUGAUAUGACCAAUGUCUCAGGAGGCCCUGUUGCGAAGUCCGUUUCACAUGACCUACAGGCUUUCCUUACAAACCUGGAAACAGAGAACAAUAUCAAGGUCUGGUUUAAUAAUAAGGGCUGGCAUGCUGUGGUUAUCUACAUCAAUGUUGCCAACAAUGCUAUUCUUAGGGCCAACCUGGGCGAAGAUAAAGAUCCUGAAGAGUAUGGAAUAACUACCAUUAACCAUCCUCUCAACCUCACCAAAGAUCAGCUGUCCGAGGUCACAGUGCUGACUACCUCAGUGGAUGUUGUGGUUGCCAUUUGUGUGAUUUUUGCUAUGUCGUUCAUCCCAGCAAGUUUUGUGCUCUAUUUGAUUCAAGAAAGGGUGUCUAAUGCCAAGCACCUUCAGUUUGUUAGUGGAGUUACUCCAGCUGUAUACUGGUUCACAAACUUCAUGUGGGACAUUGCAAACUACGCCGUAAGUGUAGCUAUGGUGGUGUUAAUAUUCAUUGGGUUUGAAAAGAAAGCAUAUACAUCAGCCUCAAACUUACCAGCACUCAUAGCAUUGCUGUUUUUCUAUGGAUGGUCUGUAAUUCCUAUGAUGUAUCCUGCAUCAUAUUUCUUCAAUGUGCCAAGCACGGCCUACGUUGCAUUAUCUUGCUUGAACCUCUUUAUUGGCAUAAACAGUAGUGCCAUUACUUUUAUUCUUGAUCUCUUUGAGAAUAACAGGUCUCUGAUAAAAUUUAAUGAGAGGCUGAAGGACUUGCUAUUAGUCUUCCCACACUUCUGCCUAGGUCGGGGUCUUAUUGACUUGGCUAUGAAUCAAGCUGUGACCGAUGUGUAUGCUCGAUUUGGUGAGGAGCAUACUACAAACCCAUUCCAGUGGGAUUUUCUGGGGAAAAACAUCUUUGCAAUGGCAAUUGAAGGAUUUGUAUACUUCGCUUUUAAUCUGCUCAUUCAGAAACGUUUCUUUUUCACUGCAUGGUUUGCUGAACCUCCAAAAGAGAAAAUUGAAGGUGAAGAUGAGGAUGUUGCACAGGAGAGACUCAGAGUCUUGAAAGGGGGAGGAAAAAAUGAUAUAUUAAAACUAAAAGAACUGACAAAAGUUUAUUCUGGUAAACACACUCCUUCUGUGGACAAGCUUUGUCUUGGUGUUCGGCCUGGAGAAUGUUUCGGGCUGCUGGGAGUAAAUGGAGCUGGAAAGACUACCACAUUCAAGAUGCUGACUGGAGAUAUUGAUGUGACAUCAGGAGAUGCAACUGUGGCUGGAUACAGCAUAUUGACAGACAUUGCGGAUGUACAUCAGAACAUGGGCUACUGCCCCCAGUUUGAUGCCAUUGAUGAACUGCUGACUGGCCGCGAACAUUUGCAAUUGUAUGGACGUCUGAGGGGAGUUCCUGAGGAAGAGAUUGAAAGGGUUGCAGAAUGGGGAAUUGAAAAAUUGGGCCUUUCAAAAUAUGCAGACCAGUCAGCAGGAACCUACAGUGGUGGAAACAAGCGCAAACUCUCCACUGCGAUUGCUCUGAUAGGAUGUCCUCCAGUGGUGCUGCUGGAUGAACCAACAACAGGAAUGGAUCCACAGUCUCGCCGCUUCCUGUGGAAUUCUAUUGUCGGUAUCAUCAAAGAAGGUCGAGCUGUUGUCCUAACCUCUCACAGUAUGGAAGAAUGUGAAGCUCUCUGCACCCGUCUUGCCAUAAUGGUUAAAGGAACCUUUAAAUGUCUUGGCACAAUCCAGCAUCUAAAAUACAGAUUUGGGGAUGGUUAUAUUGUAACCAUGAAAAUGAGAGCCCAAAAGCUUGGAGCAGUUCCAGACACGGGCCCUGUAGAGAAAUUUAUCAAUGCCAACUUCCCUGGCAGCUUACAGAGGGAGAAACACUACAAUAUGUUACAGUAUCAGAUAUCAUCUUCUUCCCUGGCCAGAAUAUUUCAGCUACUCAUCUCCAACAAGGACAGCCUCAACAUUGAGGAAUACUCUGUGUCUCAGACCACAUUAGACCAGGUAUUUGUAAAUUUUGCUAAACAGCAAACUGAAGAUGAAGAUAUUCGUUUACAUCCUCGUGUUGCAGGAGCCACAAGGGAUGUGAGAGUUGCACCUGCCCCUCCACCAAAAGAAAAAUGA